AAGAUCCUUCCAAAUACAGAACAUGGGAUGGAAUCUUUUUCUCAGUGGUGAGUGUGAUCACUGUCACUCUCGAUAAGCUUUAAAAUUUGUUCCACCUAAUUCUGCAUUUGAAGUUCUCCAUCUCCGCACCAAUAUACUUAUAUAUACAUACAUACAAACUCACGUUCACGUAGUGAGAGCGUUUGUGUAAAUUGGGCUAAUGGGGUGGCAGAGAAAUCUUUCGAUUGGAAAUUUUACAGGAGCAUUCAAGAAGUCCAAGUGGUUGUUGUCUGAUAAUGCUGGCCUGUGCCGUGGCUUCUCGGCUAUGGCCAAGCCGGAGUUGCCGGGUUUUGAUUACCAGCCGAAGCCGUACAAGGGUCCCUUAGCGGAUGAGGUUCUCCAGAAGCGCAAGAAGUAUUUGGGUCCUUCUCUUUUCUAUUAUUAUCAAAAACCCCUCAACAUUGUUGAAGGGAAAAUGCAGUACCUGUAUGAUGAGAGUGGAAGGCGUUAUCUUGAUGCAUUUGCUGGAAUAGUAACUGUUUCUUGUGGUCACUGCCAUCCUGAUAUUUUGGAUGCCAUAACAGAGCAAAACAAUCUUCUUCAGCAUGCAACAACCAUAUAUCUACACCAUGCAAUAGCUGAUUUUGCCGAGGCUUUAGCAUCUAAAAUGCCUGGAAACCUAAAAGUUGUGUUUUUUGUAAAUUCAGGAACAGAAGCAAAUGAAUUAGCUAUGUUGAUGGCACGACUGUACAGUGGCAACCUUGGCAUGAUUGCAUUAAGAAAUGCAUAUCAUGGAGGGAGUUCUAGUACAAUUGGACUGACAGCUCUUAACACAUGGAAGUACCCAAUCCCACAGGGUGAAAUUCAUCAUGUUUUGAAUCCCAACCCAUACCGUGGAGUCUUCGGUUCUGAUGCCAGGCAUUAUGCUGAAGACGUACAAGAUCACAUUGAUCACGGUACUUCAGGAAAAAUUGCUGGUUUUAUUGCUGAAACAAUUCAGGGAGUUGGAGGUGCUGUUGAAUUAGCCCCAGGAUACUUGAAGCUGGUUUAUGAUAUGGUUCAUAAAGCUGGUGGUGUCUGCAUUGCUGACGAGGUGCAAACUGGCUUUGGUCGCACUGGAAGUCAUUACUGGGGUUUUGAGACACAGGGCGUCGUUCCUGAUAUUGUUACCAUGGCUAAGGGUAUUGGCAACGGUUUACCCCUUGGGGCUGUUGUAACAACCCCCGAAAUAGCCAGUGUUUUGGCUCAAAAAAUACAGUUUAACACCUUUGGAGGCAACCCUGUAUGCUCGGCUGGUGGACUUGCAGUUCUCAGGGUUCUUGAUAAAGAGCAGCGCCAAAAGCAUAGUGCCGAGGUUGGUUCUCACGUGAUCCAGCGUCUAAACGAUCUCCAGAAAAAGCAUGAUAUAAUUGGAGAUGUGAGAGGAAGGGGCUUAAUGGUGGGAGUAGAACUCGUUACAGACAGAAAAGAAAAGACGCCUGCCAAGGCAGAAACAGGAGUAUUGUUUGAAAAGCUUAGAGAACUCGGUGUUCUUGUCGGGAAAGGUGGACUUCAUGGAAAUGUUUUCAGAAUAAAGCCUCCAAUGUGUUUCACCAAAGAUGAUGCAGAUUUCCUGGUUGAUGCUCUAGACUAUGCCAUGUCUAAGUUGUGAGAAAGUGAUGAUGUUUAAGUCCUCAGGAGAUCAACCUAAAAAAAGCAGCUUAUUUUCAGAACUCCAGACUAACUUCUGGUCCUACUGAGAAAUAAUGGGGAAAGAAUGUGUUUUUAAAGAAUAAUGUGAGUUCUGUACAAUUACAGUAGUUUAUGGCAUGAUUCAUAUUAGAACAGAUUAUUUAUCGUCCGCUUUUGUUAUGUGUGUGCAUCGUCAAGUACUGCCAGCCGCGUGAUAAUUUUUUAUUGUUUCGUGUUAUGUAGUUCAAUAUUUUGCAUCUUCGAGUGGUGCCAACAGAAU